AUGGCCGACCAAGAGACCUACGCCGUUGAGUAUGUGAUAGCGGCCCAGGCACACGUCGUAGGCCGCAGACUGAAAUGGAAAUAUCGCGUCAAAUGGGAAGGAUACGACGCUGACCAAAACUCGUGGGAACCGGAGGGCAACAUCAAUUCUUCUGGAGACGACGACGACGUGCUCAAGCUCUUUUGGAAGAAGAUUGAUACGGACGGCCGCGACCGUGAGGACAUGAGCGCAUGGGAAGCGAAGGAGAUUGUUUGGCUGGACGAUAAUGUGGCGAUGGAGGAUCCGGAGUAUCCCAAGUUGCGGAAGAAUGCGCGCCCUGGACGUACUCCAAGGAAGCGAACGUUGUCGGCCAAGGGCGCCGCAUUGCGCCACGCUGAGCCUUCUUCACCCUCCGCCUCGCCUGGGCCCAGUACUUCGAAGCGUAAACGUGCAUCUGCAGAAGAUGCGGAAUACACGUCUUCGCCCGUAUCUCCUAAGCGACAGCGCCCACCAACACGGACCACGCGGUCCGAAAAGGCUGUAAAGCAGAUACUAGAUAUUGGUAGAACGUCCUCUCCCUCGGUUCCUGACUCUGAGGAAGAUAUACUGAUCAUUGGACACAAGGAGGCCAAGGACAAUGCGAUGGCCAUCGAUGAGCCUUCCAGCAGUCGAUCCACUCGACGACAGAAAGCGUCCACGAAACGCUUCGAAGAGCCGGAGCUGGUGGAGUCUGUCAAGAACUCCGGCACACUCGCGACCAAGGCGAGCGCUGUCAACGGCUCUGCGUCAAAGUCGAAGGCCAAACCUGCGAAAGCAAAGGCAAAAUCCAAGUCCAAGGUCGGCCCCGGACGCUCAGCGAAGGGCGUGGAUCCACUACUUCUUGAGAAUGUCGAUGACGCUCUCGAGGUCGCUGAUGAGAUUGGAGUGGGCAAGGACGCGACCGUGAAUAUCCCGGAUACUGCGACCACUGUCUCAACACCGCCGGAGCAGCCAUCGAAGGAGAAGAUCGUGGAGGAGCUGAAGGAGAUGGCGAAAGGCGUUUCAGGCGGUGAUGAGGAGCUGGCAGAGUAUGACGAGACCCAAGGCGGCAAGGACCCUAGCGUCGCUACCGACGCUGAUGUCGCCAUGACGCAAGCAACAGAAGUAUCCAACUCAGCAAGAACAGCUGUCCUUUUCCCUACGUCUACCCAGAAGGACGCAAAACCCGCGGCCAGCGGUAGCAUGUGGGGUAAUAUCAGCCGCACAAUGUUCACUUUUGGUAGCGCCAAUGGCAAGAGUCCGUUCGGCGGCCUGGCCUCAUCAUUCUCUGGGUUGUCCACCUCGGCAUCCACGGACUUCAUGCUCUCCGUCUCACCGUCCCUCCACAUACCUGCUUCGUUCAAGGAUAUCCGCGCAACGAGCUCGGUCUUCUCCGGUUUGGGCGCGCCCACAAUCUCUGGCAAGCUCUACGGGAGGGAGGCAACGGACCUCUUGCUUGGCACCCUGGAGCCCGCGGGAGCUUUCGCUCGUGUCAUUCUUGAUGCGAAGGCGAGCCCGCGUGAAGAAGCCGCAUUUGCCCAAUUAUACCAGCGUCUCGAGGGAGAUUCUAUGCUCGUUGCCGUUUACGGUGCCGACACGCUCGCAUUCUGUGCCGUCCAGAGCGCGUCUGUUUGUGGCAAGUUGAAGAUUCCAACCUCCCUCCGCGACUUUGCGAACACGAUCCUUGCCGCGCACGUCCGCGUUCAGAACGUAUCUGCCUACGCAGAUGCGGCAGUCAAGGCGGAGAAUGUUGCGUGGUGA